CAAAUUUUUUCUCCCCUUAAGCAUGAAGACCCAAAUGCUGAUCUCUAGGGCUCCUGUAGAAGAAGCUCUGGGUUACUUCAAUUUCAUGAUUCAAAUGCGACCCAUUGCCUCUAUUUGGACUUUCACUCAUUUGCUCAGUGCGCUUUCCAAGAAGAACCGCCAUUCCACUGUUGUCUCUAUGUACAGAGAGAUGGUGGGUCGUCGUGAUUUACGCCCAGAAGUUAUUGCUUUGAAUGUUGUUAUCAAGAGCUUUUGCUCUUUGAAGGAGGUGAAGUUAGCUUUCUCUGUUUUAGCAACUAUGAUUAAAACCGCCCUUAAACCGGACGCUUAUACACUGUGUAGUCUGCUUCAUGGGCUUUGCAACGAAGGCUCGAUGGUUGGGGCAGUGGAGUUUCUCCGGAAACUAGAAGAGAAGGACCCCAUAUAUAAUGAGGUCUUUUAUGCGAUUGUCAUUAAUGGGUUUUGUAAGGCUGGAGAAACUCAGAAGGCACUGAAGUUGCUUAAGAGAAUGUGCAAUGAUGAGAGGAUUAAACCCCAACAACAUUGUUUUAGUGUGAUCAUUAACGGUUUGUGUAAAGAAGGACGGAUCGAUGAGGCCUUGAGCUUGUUUCAAGAUAUGAUCAACUAUGGUUAUCAACCAGAUGUUGUCAGCUAUACAUUUUUGAUGCACCGAUUAUGCAAAUUUGGUUGCUGGGAAGAAGCCAUGAGAUUCUUAGUCAACAUGCUCGACAGUGGAAUCUCUCCUGAUAUAUAUACCUACAACACUUUAGUCUAUGGAUUGUGCCAUUCAAGCCAAUGGAGUGAAGCCAGCAAGUUGUUUAAGAAAAUGAAGGAUCAAGCUAUUUCCCCGGAUGUAAUAACAUAUAGUAUUCUAGUGGAUGCUCUUUGCAAAGAGAGAAGGACGCAGGAGGCUCUUGUUAUGUUUAGCCAAAUGAUCAGAAGAGAUUUAUGUCCAAAUAUUGUUACUUAUAGUUCAUUACUUAAUGGAUUGUGUCUUUCAGGUCAAUUGAAAAAGGCGAAGAGUUUCUGUGAUUAUAUGGUGAUUCAAGAUAUAUUUCCUAAUACGGUAACUCUAGGUGGCCUUUUGAAUGCGUUUUGUGAAAAAGGUAUGAUGGAUAAGGCGCAAAAACUGUUUCAAGAAAUGUUUCAACAUGGUAAAGAGCUCGGUGGGAAUGUGAUAACUUACAACAUAUUGAUUAAGGGGUAUUGUUUGCAAGCUGAAAUGGAUAAGGCACAUGAGAUCUUUGAACAAAUGACGUCAAAUGGUAUUGUACCAGAUAAUGUUUCCUACUGCACGCUGGUUGGAGGGUACAUAAAGGUCGGAAGAAUAGAUGUUGCUCUUAAGCUUCUCAAGGACAUGAUCCAAAAAGGGUUUUUGCAUGAUCAUAUAAAUGUAAUGCGAAGAAUCUUGAAGAAGAUUCGUGCUAAAAGGCUUAAAAACCAUAUCAGCAGUGUAUUGCCAAGGGCUAGAACUAAUUUCUAGUCUGCCGUCGGUGAUGUUACCAACUAGGUCUCUAGAUACACAGACAAAUCAACUUUUUUUUUGGAGGAGGCAGAUUAUUCACUGAUUAUGUGAGACAAAAUCUUGCACGAGUUCCAUUAUUUUAUGCUUCGGAUGAGAUCUUGAGGAAUGAUAUAAUUGUUACGUUACAGAUGUUUAGCAGUUGGUUUCAACUUUCAAAUAAUAUCAAAACGUUAUCCACAAAAGAAAAGAAAAAGGGGAGUACAUGUAGAAGUUAUGGGCACAUUUAUAAUAUUUAGAUUUAGAACAACUCUCUUGUCUCCAUGGGAGCUUUAAUCCUUUGAACUAGCUGUGUUGCUUGUUGUCAGCAUGAUCUUAGCAACUGUCUGUCAUUCUGAUAGAAAUGUCUUAGACAUGGAUCUUAUAACACUUUUUUCUUUGUGUAAUCUUAGGAUAUACGGGAAACAAUUUGCGAUCUUGAACCCUCACAUGUGGUUACGAGGUGUCUCAAGU